UUUGAUUGUGCACCGUUGCCAUGCUGCAGAAAUCGAUCGAGCCAUCUUGGCAGAACUGGCCUUUGCUUGUGCGCAUGCGCCAGAUCGGAUCGAUGGCCGCCUCUUUCGACUGAGCGCCGGGUCGAAGCCGGCGGGAGGCUGGUAAACACAGGAGCAGACGAGCCCAAGACAUCGCGCCUGGCAUCGUGCUAACCGCGCACACUGUGACGAGGACCGGAACGUCCACCCAUCUCCUCCACCUCUCACAUCCGACACCAGCCUUCCUGACGACGACGACGACGAGACGACGACGACAGCUUCGCCGAAGGGCCACGGUUCAUCCUUUUUUUUUUUCUCCCUUCUUCCUCCCUGGUUGACAUUGCGAGUUGGCAACCGUCUGAAAGAAUGGGCUUUUAGGGCGAGCAGCGCCUGCGGAGGUGCCAGCCUUAUAACCGAGCCUGCUGGUGGCGUCGGAGCGCAGACUUCCUGCAAAGUCGGUCACGAGUGUCAGUCAGUUGUCAGCUGGUGACAUGGGUGCUGGUGGUGUGGCCUUCCUCGUGACCUGAUGCUCUAACAUACGGAGGCGGAAGACACUGCCUGGCUGGAGGUUUGAAGGACGUGACGAUUGUAGCCUCUGAUAACUCCUUUAGUCGACUUACUGACCGAACACACAAGCCUCUUAACAUCUUGUCAGGUGCUUGUUCUGAUCGUCACCAUGGUGAUUAAGCCUGUCGUGACAGCUGUGUACGUGGUGUCCGGGAUACACGCAUUCCUGGGCUUGAUGAACCUCAUCGUCGGUGUCAUCGCCAGCAUCCGCGCAGAAGUUUGGAGGGCGCACAGCGUCUCCCCAAUCUGGAGUGGAGGAUUCUUCCUCUUCAGUGGCCUGCUGGGUGCUCUUUGUGCAAGGAGGAUGUCUUCCUAUGUGAUCAUGUGCUUCACCGCAUUCUCAGUCGUCUCCAUGGUGUCGGCCGUAGUCUGCAUUCAGCUGCUCCGUCUAGGCAUGGUGAACCACACCACGGACGGCCAGACGUUCAAGAAAGAGAAGCAGGACCCUCUCAUCUACGUCGCGCUGGCCGUUGCCGGAGUCGAGAUCCUCGUCUGCCUCAUAUCCGUCCUCCUGUCCUGCCGCAUCGCCAAGGUGGCGAAGGAGGAGAUGUCCAAACAGCGGGACGGGAUGUUCCACGUCAAGGUACUGGGGCAGAAGGACAUUGUCGUGGUCACGCGACCCAACACAGGCCGGGAAGAGCUCACUGCUGUCUGAAGAAGAUGACACUAAACGCGGUCGCAAUUUCGUCUUCAAAAUACUUGUCCAGCAUUUUGUUUUCAGUCUGGUGAGAGAAGAGAGGCAUGGUUCUUCUUGUUGUAGUUGUUCUUGUCACCAAGUAGAAAGGCAGGUUGAGGUAAAGGUAAAGAUUCGUCCUCAGCAGUAGACAACUAGUGUUUGAAUUACUUAACAUUACUUCGACUUGAUUGAAAUCUCGAACAGUGUUUUAAAUAAACGAGGCAUCUUUUUUUAACAUCCAUUAUCAUCAGCCAGAUGUUUGUUUCAUCCAUCUUGAGAAUCCUUAUUUGACUAGGGGAGGUAAAUAAUGGAGGCAUUCGUUAAAACCCACCCGCAAGCUACCAAUAUGCUUUCCAAGAUCGUAGUAUAUGUAAAUGUUUUGCUUAGACAAGUGAUCUACCAACAAUUGUAUUUUUAAGUUGCUGCAAUUAAACAUCUUGAAUAAAAUUGUCAACCAAGUUUUGACUCAAAACAUAUAAAAUAGUCAGCUGGAUUUAGCAACUCAUCCGGUUGUGGAUUAGAAAAUCUCUCGCGCUCUAGCAAGCCCUUGAUGUUGACUUGAUUCGGUCCCCUGCGAUAGGGUUUGGUAUGGUUUCAUCAACGACCUAAUGAUAGCUUUAGCAUUGAUAGGCCUAGCGGCACAGAUAGCCAACCUCAGAUUACCGCACGAAACAGGCCCCAAGGCAACAUUUUUGUAGAACUCCUGGCAUGGACUAAAAAGGUUUAUUAGAACCUUUUAUCAGUCCAGUCCCCCCGAGGCCCUACAAAUAAAAAUAGUCUGACUGUUGGAAGUCAAUUCCAGCUAUAGCAUUGCGACAGAAAUCCGUUCUUGGACAUUUAGUGUUGUACCACUUUAGAUUAGCUCAACGAGUUUAGAUGUUUAGAUUAGACCUAGAAAGGCUUUUAGGCGUGAGAGGGGUGGCAAUGUCAACGGACAGCCAGACCCCUUUCUUCCUUUGAGCAUCCAAACCACCCGCCCUACCAAGCUUGCUUCCGGUCGCUCUACAUGAGCAUCUCUUCCAUGAAUUCCGUUAGCGGCAGAUGUUUUCCUAUCAUCGUACUUUAAAAAAUUAGUUUGAGUUUGCUUGCGCCUCUUGUAUAUAUAUCUUAUAGAUGAAAAUGUAACACAGACCGCUGUUACCGGAAACUAAAGACCACACCGUCUGUACACACCUUCUAUAAUGGACUAAGACUUUCUACGUCCACACUUUGUUUUCACAAAGAGAGGCCAGCUGUUGUUGCUAGAAUUAUUCUUCUACGAGCAUGGUGUUUAAAAAAGAAAAAAAAUGAAAAUGUAAACGAAAUUGUGAAUGCGGUGACGAUGUCUACAGGUGUGGUUACAUAACACACAAGGACGUCACUGCGAGUCUCACUCUGUCAAACCUGUUACUUCUGUUAAGGUGCAGUUACAGAUGCUCUACUGUCAGAAGACGACCGGUGAUACAUGAGUCUAUGCCUAUCUGGGGAAAAGUUCUUUACAUAAAGGCUUUACUGAAACGAAUUUCUGUGUAUUUUCCAUGUACGAAUGCCAGUCAAAGAAAACUAGCACAGUAUGCUUUUUUCAGUAUUAACACACCAGCAUUCGCUUGUGUGUGUGUGAGCACGUGAGCGUGUGUGGGUGAGAAAGAGAGAACAGAGACCGCUGAACAUUGUGUAUACACUUUCUGCAUAUUUCAGUCGGAAAUGUAUAUGUAGUCUUCAUGUUCUUGUUGCUUCUUAUUUGGUUGCUAAAAAUAGUCAACUGAUGUAAUAAAACUAGUCAAAAUUA